UUGCAGGUUCCCGCUUACGCCAAGGUCAACCUGACGCUGGAAGUCAUCGGGCGCCGGGAUGACGGUUACCACGACGUUGCCACCCUCCUGCAAACCGUCGACCUGGCCGAUACCCUGACCCUGCAACCCUCUGAUGCUUUGGCGGUCACGUGCGACGACCCGGCGCUUUCUGGUGAGGCAAACAUAGUUUGGGUGGCGGCCAAUGCGCUGGCGCGACGGGCGGGCAUCACGCCAGCUGCCAGCAUCCACAUCACCAAACGCAUCCCGGUAGCGGCCGGCCUGGGCGGUGGUUCGGCGGAUGCGGCGGCGGCGCUGAUUGGUCUGAACCGCCUUUGGCAACUGAACCUGGGGUCGGAUGAAUUGGCGGAACUGGCGGCAACACUGGGCUCCGAUGUGCCGUUCCUGCUCGCCGGAGGCACAGCUCUCGCCACCGGCCGCGGCGACCGGCUCUCCGCACUGCCAGCCCUGCCGGCAACCGCCGUAUUGUUGGUGGUAUCCCGCGACACCAUUGACGCCAAAACGCCGACGCUGUACCGUGCGCUGGCCGCUGGCGAUUUCACCGACGGCGGCCACACCCACCGAUUGGCAAACCAACUGUCGCAUACCUCGCCAACGUCAACCGAUUGCCGAAAUGCUUUUGAGCGUGCCGCGCAAUCAAUCUUUCCCGGCCUCUCCGACGUAUGGGAUAUUGUGGCUUCGAUAACCAGACAUACACCUCGCCUCUCCGGCGCCGGCCCGACCAUCUUCUGUCUGCCAUCCUCCGAAACUGAGCAUAUGAGGGUUCAGGUCGCCUUGCGGAACACCGGCGCAACGGCGUACCUUGUGCGAACGCUCAAUCCGGCCCACGUCGGUAACUGA